UUGUUUUUGUUGACGGUAACCGAAUUCGCAACGCUGUGCAAACAACACAACAAACUCCGUGAUUUUUGUGAGAUUCUAAAAUUUUAGGGAGUUUUUUUUUUGUUUCGUCUCAAUUAAUGCACAGAACGUGAAAUGUGCGGAAGAACGUGCCUGACGCUUGAACCACGAGAGGUCCAAUGUUGCUGCAAAUACCAAAACGCGACUCAAACCAAGCCCAAAACUCCGGAGUAUCGUAAUGAGUUCAACUGCGGUCGAAAGUACCAACCCUCGCAUAACAUUGCCCCAACGGACAUCACUCCAGUGCUGGUAUCCGCGGCCCAUUUCGACGAAGCCAAGGACAGUUCUGAGCGAAUCAUUGUACCGAUGAUGUGGAGCAUGGUUCCUCGUUGGCACAAGGGUGACUAUCGUAAGCAUGGCCUCACAACGAAUAACUGUCGAUUGGAAAGUUUGGCCAUGUCCAAACUAUAUGGGCCACCACUCGCAGCCGGACAUCGAUGCGUGAUAUUGUGCGAGGGAUUCUACGAAUGGCAAACGACCGCCAAGGAAUUGAAGGCAUCCGAACGACCUGCUUUCUACAUUCAUAUGCCACAGAACGAUGGGGUUAAAGUUGAAGACAAGUCCACAUGGGAGCUGGAGAAAGCACCCGCGAUCAAUCUUCUUAAAAUGGCAGGACUCUUCGAUGUUUGGGAGGACGAGAAUGGGGACAAGCUGUACAGCUACACGGUUAUCACAUUCGAAUCGAACAAAAAGUUCUCUACAAUCCACCAUCGUAUCCCUGCGAUACUUGAAACCGACGAAGAAGUGAACGCUUGGCUUGACUUCCGUAAAGUUGGCGCUACACGAGCGUUGAAUAUGCUGAAACCGAGCGAGUCAAUUCAAUGGUACGGUGUCUCCAACUUGGUCAACAAUUCCAGGAACAAAUCGGACCAGUGCAAUAAACCGAUUGAGGAUGUGAAGAAACCUAUCGCAAAAGCAACCGGUACCCCUAAAAGCAAGAUGAUGCAAUCCUGGUUGAUUGUUAAGAAGAGGAAUCACGAAGAGGACCCCACCAAAAAAGAAAAUGAUCCUACACUGCGCGAACCUGAUCUGAAGAAGCCAAAGGAAGAGAACUCCCAAAAGGAUUGAAAGAUUUCCCUCGUUACUUGACAAAACAAAACGUUCGUUCCUUUAAUCUGUUGCCAUAUUUUCAUUUGUACUCGAAUCAGUAUUUUUGCUCGUUUGAAGCCGCUUUCGAGAAAUAAAGUGCAUUUUCAAAUGUUGAA